AUGGCUUCGUCGUGUUCACGCUCAUUUCUGCUGGCAUUCGUCUUCCUGCUUCUUCAGGUAUGCUGCGCCUUGGAACUACAAGAGAUCCGCCCCUGGCAAGCGCAAGCGCGCAGGUCACGGUUUGGGAAGAGAGACACGUCUGGCCUCGAUCUUCGGAACGCGGAAAGCUUCCUCUGGGGAGGCGCGGACAACACUGACGCUGUACUCGGUAACUUUACUAUCUACGUGCCCGGCGAUCAUGAGCACAUUCUCUCCAUGGAAAAGUUUGAUGGUAUGCUCGAGUCGGUCGACUGCACGCCCAACGGGAUGACGUUGAAGUUUGAGGAUGACGGGACCUUUGCGUAUGCCCAACGAGCUUGGGACUGGGUCAAUGGGGCCGACAAUCACACCUUUCUCAUGGUAGCCGGCCGCGGCGACUGUGGAAACAAUAUUCGGAGGAUCCCAUACCUCGUCUCCUCCAUCGAAUACGACGAGGAUCUGAACAUUGCUCGGUUGAACGCUACGACGGGCGAGUGGAAAAGCCUCGCUCGUUCCUACGAACUCCUGGUUGGAAGCGUCGCAAUGGCGGGCGACGCUGGACUCAAGACGCGAGACAUAACCAAGGACGUAGCUAUGAACAUCGCGACCGCAUUUCCGUUCAAGGUGAAGGUGGAGAAGGGCCGCAUCUCCGCAGAGCUCGAAUGUGACGAGAAAGACUGCCACACGACGGGCAAGAUCAACUUCGAAUUUCGCAUCACCCAGAAUGUGGUUGGCAUUCCCGAUGGCGCAAGAUUCCGCAUGACUCCCAGGGGCGUGACUGCGCAAGCGCGACUGAAGCUGAACGUCGCGAGCAACUUCGACAGCCAGAAAGAACUUUGGAAAGAAACCGUCCUGUCAAUUCCGCUGAACUCGAUCAACAUCCCCGGCAACAUCUUAGAAAUCGGUCCUUUCCUCGACAUCGAUGUCGGUGGCGAACUUACCGGGUUCGAAGGGAGCGUGUCGAUAAUCUCGGGAGCUACGGCAACCUUGUCCAACUCUGCUGUCCUCCAGGCGGAUCUGCUGAAUCCUAAGAAUAAUGAGUUUUCGGGGUGGCUGCCAAGUGUUGAUGUAAUGCCGCUCACAAUCGAGGCCAAGGUCGCGGCUACAAUGCAGGUGUUUGUCAUGCCUGCUGUACGGAUGAGGAUCGAGGCUCUGGGCAAAGGUGUUGAAGCGGGACUCCAGCUGAAGAUGCCAUUCUUCGAGAUUAAAAUGGAAGGAGUAGCCGCUGCGGCCGGGGGAGUCUGCGAUGACCCGACGAAGACGCUCGGCAUAGAGGUAAAGCCCUCCUGCGGCGUCGAGAUCAAAUUCGCGGCAGGAAAGUCGAACAGCAAUGGCGAAGCUCCGGUCGAUGUCACGCUAGGGACCGUAUUAGUUCCCAUGGGAAAAGGUCUCUGUUACGGAUUCAAUCCGGACGCAGCGGAGGCAAGUCAGAGGCUGGACACUGUCCGGGCGCAGCGAACAUUCAGUGUUGCACCCACCCCACUGGCAGUGGCGCAAGCUGCACCGCCAACGGCUUAG